AGAGGAUUUUUCUCGAGUGCGACAGUUUGCGUAAUCGAAUGCAAAAGUCAGUGUGCAAAAUUUAAGAGGGCAAAAAGGCCAGGAAUUCAUUUCUUCGCAUUAACAUGUCUAGUGGAAAUCGAAUAGCAGUCGCUGGCUGCUACAUUUGCAAUGUUCCUGCUACCAAGUGCUGUUCGAAAUGUUCCAUCGCCAAAUACUGCUCCAGGGAACACCAGCUUCAGGACUGGAAAGAGCACAAGAAGAAUUGUCAGAUUUUUGAGGUGAAAGUGCUGCCGAUCGUCGGUCGUUCCCUAGUUGCUAAGCGAAACAUCGAAGCCGGGGAAGUCAUCAUCGACGAGCUUCCUCUGUUUACGGGUGAGUCGUCGUCGGCGUCGUCGUCGUCGCCGCUUUUCGUCUUCAUUUAUACCUGUGUGCUGAUGAUGAACAUUCCAUAUGUACCCGGGGGAAAAUAUGUUGCCAGGUGCAUCUGUAUUCUGAGGUGCUUGUGGCUCAAGAGAAACGAGCCGGAGAAAUGGAAGCAUGUUGUCAGUAUGGAAUCCCACGCCGAAACGAGGCGACAUUUGCAGCCAGAGUUCUGGCGCAUGAAUCAAAACAACAUUGUGCAGUUCAUUCGUUACUAUCUCAAGUUCCACGACAUGACUGACGUGGACGAAGCGGAGAUUCAUGACCUGUGUGGCAUCUGGAAUACGAACGCCUUUGAUGUUCGCAAUGCCGGCAUUGAAAACCUCCGUGGACUUUUCCAACCUUUGUCACAUACACUUGCUCGAAGGUCACAUUUGGAGUUUUCAAAAAUUUUCUUUUGUCAUUGCCAACGUUGCGAAGAUCCCACGGAAUUUGGCACCUUCAUGACCGCCUGGAAGUGUCAGGCUUGUGAUGAUGGACGACUGAUCAUCAGUGAUGCUAAUGAUCCAAACAGUGACUGGGUUUGCUACGACUGCAAGAACAAAGUUGAGAGUUCAACUGUGAAAGACAUCGAGCAGAAAGUGAAGACUCAUUUUGCGCAACUUGGCAAAACAGCGCAGGAAAUGGAAGCCUUUUUAGAAAAAUUCAGUCGAAUUAUGCUGCCAACAACCAGCUACGCUAUUCAGAUAAAAUAUGCCCUCAUGGAAUUGCUCCCAUCUGACGAAAAUGAUCAGAUUGAGAUUCAAAAGAAAGAAGAUAUUUGCAAGGAACUGCUCAAUCUGAUGAACGUACUUUGUCCAGGACUGACCAGAGUAAGAGCAAUGAUUUGCGUGCAACUCGGCAGGUGUCAGCGACAGUUCGCGACAUUGUUGGGUUCCAACGAGAAGAAUGCCCAGGUUGCCGCUCAAUCCAAGCUUCUGAGUAGCAGGGAAUUCCUGGAAGAAGCCCUAAAUAUUCUCAUCAAGGAGCCUGAAGGUACUCAUUUCUACGACCUGGGAAAGCAAAUUCAAGCCGAGUUAGUAGAAAUAAAUGACACACUUGCUCAUCAUAUCAUUCUGGAAAAUUGUACGACGACAGGAGGGGUUUAACCAUAAGGAGAAACGUUUUAGCGACAUCUAGUUUCACUUUGAGAGACUAAAAACAUGUGUUCUGUUUUUCGUGUUAGAUGUCGGUUUUAUGAUAAAUUCCGAAGUCUCGUGGUUCAAUGUCACAGGAAAAUUCGGAAAAGUUGCUUUAGAAAGCUCAUCGAGAAUUGAGUGAGAAAAUUGAAUUUUUGAAUUCCCCUCGUUCUUGAGUAAUGAACUUCAUUCCCGGAUUGGUGGGUUUUAUUUUGCCGUUGAUUUGUUUUAUUUCGCUUGCAUAUUUGUGAUGGUAUUCAUGACUAUAAAGCUUUUCUUUAUUGACGCUUAAAUCUUUUUUAUGAUCUCAACUGUUUAAAACUAUUCAAAGUUGAGAUUCAAGUAGAGAAAAAUGUUCGGAGCCUUCAAUUUAUU